AUGUUUUGUCGGCAGUGCUCGGGCCAGGCUUUUGAUGGUGUGAAGGUGUCGACAGACAGUAAACUGCCGACUGUAUACCUGCUAAAGAAGCACUACUUGGACAUCGUGGACGACGACUGGAUCAUGGACGCGCUGUCGGACGAUGACAUGGAUGUGCCUCCUUCCUCGCUCGAGCUUGACCCAGAGAAUGGCAGUGAUAGUCCGUCCGAUGAGCCUCCGAUGUGGACUGCUGACGGAAAAGUGACUCGCUGGAACGAUUUGGGCCUGGAUCAGUGGGUCAAAGACACAGCGUAA